UCAGUCACGUGACGCACAUCGCGUACGCUCGUGUCCGUCCAGGCUCCCUCUUUAGUACAGGACGGUUAACCUAGCACCUCAGCGGUACCAUGUUCCGAGCCGUGUUCCGACUGUCAUCCAUAGGAGCCAGGAGUGUUGCUCUGUCCCGACCCUGCUACUCAGCUCCAUUGGCCUCCAGAUGCUACUCUCAUGGAAAGGUGGAGACAGAUGAGGAGUUUGAUGCCCGUUGGGUUACGUACUUCAGCAGGCCUGACAUUGAUGCCUGGGAGCUGAGAAAGGGAAUGAACACUCUAAUGGAGUAUGACCUGGUACCUGAGCCCAAGGUCGUAGAUUCAGCACUUCGAGCAUGUCGCAGACUGAAUGACCUGGCGAGUGCCAUUCGCAUUCUUGAGGCUGUCAAGGAAAAAGCAGGCCCCUAUAAAGAAAUCUAUCCCUACGUGAUUCAAGAACUGACGCCCACCUUGUCAGAACUUGGCAUCCCAACACCAGAAGAGCUGGGCCUUGACAAGUUAUAGACAAUCAAGGUCAGUUGAUGUAAAACAACAUGAGCUCUCCUGAUUCUCUGCUGUCAGAAAUGUCUAUAUUGUUGAUUAAAUCCAUGCUGUCCUGGUGUGUACAAAAUGGUGGACUUAAUAAAUAAAUCAAUAUUUGAACAA